AUGACCGGUCCCAAAAGUCGGAAGUUGACCCAUAUUACAAUUGAAAUUUCAGCGUCUGCAGAGAUACGCUACCCUGGAGACGUGGUCGAGUUUUCACCACCCGACAAUUCAACAGAUCCAGAUCUGAUGGGGACCGAGGGUUUCGUGUUGAGAGUAGUAAACGCAAGUCAUCACGACCCUCCCGUCCUUGUCGCGUGGAAACACAACAACUAUUCCGUCGUCUCGUGGAAAGAUCCUCAAAAUUUAACAUUAAAGAGUACAUCUGGUGUGGCUGGACUAGAAUGUAAGUUACAGGACGUCAUUGCCAGUAAUAGACGGCCGGCCAAGUCAUCAAUUUGUACAACUGGAUGGCAACUUUAUGUUAGAAGUUGGUAACAGGCAUUUUCUUAUAUUGUAAGCCUUGGUGAACAAGACUAUAUGUGUUACCACUUCUGAUUUUUGCUUUAUAGCCAAAAAUUUGAGAAUUUUUAAAAUUUUGCCUAUUAAAUUACUAUGAUCGGAAAAAAUGUAAAAUUUCAUGUUCUCUUAUACGAAAAAUAAACUAUACCACUAGAAAGAGCGCAAAAAACUAUAUAUAAGACAAUUAAAUGAGUUCUACGUUUUUCCAAUCCUAUUUCGAGUUUUUAAUGUUAAAAAAUGCAGAAAUGACCAAAUUAAUGCUAAUUAGUACCCAUUUUGCCAACUUUAACCAUCUUUAAUUCAAAAUCGACUUGAAAAUCGCACUAGUCGCUUAAUUAUCUUAUAUAUAGUUUUUUGCGCUCUUUCCAGUGGUAUAGUUUAUUUUUUGUAUAAGAGAACAUGAAAUUUUACAUUUUUUGCCAUCAUAGUAAUUUAAUAGGCAAAAUUUUAAAACUCUCAAUUUUUUGGCUAUAAAGCAAAAAUCAGAAGUGGUAUAACACACACAGUCUUAUUCACCAAGGCUUGAACUAUAAGAAAGUGCCUGUUACCAGCUUCUAACAUAAAGUUGCCAUCAAACUCUCUUUAGAGGCACUUUUUGCCACCUUGGCCGGCCGGCUAUAAAAAUUUAGUCUGUCUCAUUUGAAAGAAAUUUUCAGUAAAAUAAUUAAUAGACUUUUUACAUCUUUUUCAUAUCUUGCAUGCUUCUUGCACGGUUUAUUUUAAGAAAAAUUUAGAACUGCACAUAUAUAGAUGUUACGAGCAUCGGGUGUUUGACUGGGGUCAAAGGAUUUUUUACCUGGAUUAGAUAUUUAAAGUUAAGAGUUGUAAAUUAUGAUAGAUUCUUAAUUUGCGUAUAAGUGGCAGAAUAAAGGUGUGGUUGGAAGAAAGGCCAGACAAACUCGACUUUGCGUGGGGAGCUAGGAGGUGUUCCCCUCAAAAUUUGAAUCUAGGGGUUCUUAAGUUCUGGCAAAGAUUUGUUUUACCCAAUCACCAACAAAAACUGUUUCAAAACAUGUAAAUAGGAAUCAUGAAUAUUCAUUGUAUAAUAACCUUAAAUUUGCAUUAACCUGAACUGAACGUUAAAAUAAACCCUGGGUUCUUGAAAUAUUUUGGCUGAAAUUAAACAGUCAGCUGUCCGCCAUUUUGGAUUAUUCAGGAUAUGCAUAUUAGGUCACAACCCAGCGGGCAAAAUGACGUUUAUCCAACGUUGAAUCAACGUUGGAAAUGACCUUCCAGACGUUGGAUAGACGUUGAAAAAGGGUUGACUAUGCAAAUUGGAUCGACGUUACUGUUUCGACCUUGAAACAACGUUGAAAUUAGGUUGCCAAUCUCGUCAACCAUAAUUCAACGUUGAAUCCACGUUAAAACAACGUUGAGAUUGGUUCACAAAUCGACGUCGUACAUUUAACCAUGAAUGAACGUUAAUUCAACGUCUGUUGGCUGCUGUUGAACCAAUAUGUUUGUAAAACAACGUCAGAGCAACGUAGAUAUUAGGUUGUCGACGUCGCAACCUUUUUUCUACCAAAUUUCAACGUUGAAACAACGUCGUGUGCCCGGUGGGAAGUGGGUCACGUAAACGUUUUAUCUUGCAUGACAGCCAGCGAUCAAUAUGAGCGAUAACUUGUACUUGCAUGUUUGCUACUUAACAUUCACUCUCGUUCCCAGAGCCACUUUCACUCGGUCACUCGUUGAAAACUAGGCUCUGGGUUAGACGGCUAAAGGGAGUGAUCCGAUGGCUUCUUAGAGAACUGCUAUUUCCCCGAAGUUGAGCAGUUUUCCCUAGGCAACAUUAUUCUAUCAAAAUAUGUCAACACAAACAAUUCGUUUCUUCGUAAUACUUCUCGGUGAAAAUUGUCACGGGUGCUAAAGCGGCCAAAUUCAAGAGUAUGCGCUUUAGAAACUACUUUUACUUUCUUACACGAGCCGUUUAUACCAAUUUUCGGGUGACGUCCAUGCAAGACUAUCCCCACACUUGACAUCAUUAAAACCAUAGUUGAUGAAGUUAAGAAUUAAUCCAAGAUGGCGGAAAUCUCAUUGCCUUCAGUCAAAAUAUAUACAGCUAAACUCUAAACCUUUACCUCUAAGCGUGCAAAGCAUAAUGGGAGUAUCAUUUGAUCAGUUUAGAAACCAUCUAUGGGGCCCAUUUCUUGGUGACAUGGUUAAUAUCUCCUUACGAUUCACAAAUAGUUGCAAUAUUCAACUACUAUAAAGCUUGAAACUUAUGCUUCAUUAAGCUUUGGGCGCUUAGAGUUUAAGGUUGAAGGUCUAGAGUUUAACGUUAGCAAAGGACAACCUUUUUUGAAUUAGCUGUAUUGGAAGAACAAAAUUAUUUCCUCGGGAGGAGAUAUUAUAGGUGUAUAUUGUAGGUCUUUUUUACGGUCGAUAAGGGACUGGUCAUAAAGUAACUGCUAGGGUGGGCUGGAGGUAAAUCACAAAUUUUGCCAAUAAGUUCGGUGACCCAUCUUAGGAUGUACAUAAAAAUUUCAAAGCCCAUCUAAUCUUACAAAAAAAUUUUCAUGACCCACCCAAUCUAAAUUGGGAAAAUACACUUUUAUAAUAAAAAAAAACUUGCAGGUAUGAACAUUGUAAAUAUACACCGGCACUGUAAUGACGAACAUAAUUCCACCAAGCUUGACCAACACAUUCAUCACCAAUUACGAUACUGAGCUGCUCUCCAGUUGGUUGUAUUUGCUGUGAUUCGACCACUUCGUGUUGUUGUUUAAACAGAGUACUGGCUUCAAUAGUAUCAUUUGCAUUUGAUAGUUUUGAUAGUUUUGUUUACUUUUAUUAUUAAUAUCUUUAUUUUUUGAAGUGGACAUGCAUGGGUUUUUGUUUGGUGGCCCAACCGUAGACAUACAAAAAAAUUGGCGGCCCAUCGAAACUGCCCAAAGAUUUUCCAUGGCCCAUCCCAAAUCACUCCAGCCCACACUAGCAGUUACUUUAUGACCGGUCCCUAAUACAAUUACGAGUUAUUAUGGAAAGCCCGACUGUCAAACUGACCAUAAAAAAGAACGAAGCGCUAUAAAAACUAAUUUAUGUGAAAGCGAGAAGGAAAAUGGGAUGACAGAAACUGUUCGCCAUCUUGUUGCCCUUGACAAAGUUGUUACUCUUCGAUCUUGUUUUUAUAGUAAUCGCAAAUGAUUGCAAACAAUCUCAUGAAACAACUGCUAACUAUAUUGGCUUCCUACACGACAGAAUCGGAAUUGGCGUGCUAUUUCGUUCCCUUCUAUCAAACGAAGUGUUUUGGAUAGGAGAUGUGUGCAUCUAUCUUGGCACAGAUGGUUUGACAGACCCUUUUAAAAGAUUGUGGUGUUUUCGCACCAAGAAAUACGUCUAUGUCGACAGUUUUGCAAAUUUCCAGCUUUUCGGGGUAACAAAUUAUCCAGGUAAGAUCGAGGUUCACCAAUAUAGGGUUACAGUGAUAAAACAAUUUAAAGUUCGACUAACCACUAAUAUGAUUUUUGGUAUGUGUAAUAUUUGGGUCAUUCAAAGAAGAAAUGUAAUGUAUCUUUAUAGUAAAAAAUCCCACCUUGAUCAACUUUUUCACUGUCAAAGGUUCCGGAUAUGAUGUCAUUAGGUGAAUUGCAAAUUAGUUUUCCUUUGUUUUUGUACCAAAAAUUCACCAAAUGACAUCAUAUCUGGAACUUUGACAGUGAAAAAGUGGAUCAAGUUGAGGUUUUCACGAUAAGCAGCUUUUUUGUGAGUUGGAUAUCGACAAAAGUAACGGCUCUCUUGAGGCCAGAAUGUAACUAGUUCCCGUUACCUUUUAUCAAUUUUUGUAACUAGUUAACAACAAGUUACCUUCCCAAAAAAGUAACUUGUUACCAUGUGUGAAAAUCUCUUUCUGGUUAAAUUAAUCAAUUGUUUUGUCCAAUUCGCUUCGCGUUGGCAAUUCACUUCGCAUUAUAAAAUUUCGUAAUCGGUAAGUAGUUGCAAAAUUUUUGCAACUUGUAUAAAUUUGUAACUAUAGUUGGAUAUAAUUUGACAAAAAAUUUGUUUGUUUGUUCAUAAGGUGUUUACGAGUAUUCGAAAAACAAUCAGCUUACAGGUUAGUAUAUUAAAGGAACGAUGAAGCCCUUGUGUCGGUUGUAUAAAACACUACAUUUUAACCACCAUUUUUUUAGUUAACUAGUAUCGUUCAGUCUAAAUAUACGCGAACUGGUUAACUUUCGCACUAACUGUAGUUAACUCAUUGAUUAUGAAUAUUACUGGUACGGUACCUCCACCCGGAAAUUUGAAACAAAUUUGAAGGCCAUGAGUCCCAGUGUUGACAAUAGCGGAAUAUAGCCAAUAUUAAAUAUUCUGAAUUUUUAAAUGUUUUGAGAAUCUAAAAAUAUUCCAGAAUGUUUUCUCAGAAUGCUGGAAAUGCCAUUUCAGAGACCCAAAUUUAAAAAAUUUUCCGGGGGAGUAUACCCCGGACCACCCUCGUUUCCCCCGUUUUCGGGGGGGGGGAGUAUGCCACGGACCGCGCUCGUUUCGCCAUUGGUUAGGACCCCCCCCCCAAAAAAAAACACAAAAAAACACACACACACACACAACAGCUUAGCUGGAUCCACCAUUGGCCCAUAAUUGGAUUUGAAAUACCAGAUCUCCAAUCAUUAAUAAUUCAUGAGUAACAUUGCUUUAUUUUGCUCACAUGAUAAUAGUUGAUAUCUGAUGAAGUACAUUGAUCCAGUUCUAGGAGUGGAUUAGUUCAAAAUUAGUUCAGUCCUUACUUAGACUGGAUCAAACUUAAUUCACCACACCUUAAGUAGUGAUUUAUUCGUAUGAGAUGUCAUUUCAAAUCCGACUACAGGGUGUAUCAAAAAAAGCGCAAUCCUCGACUGAAAUGUAAAUUGCUAAACAAAUAAUAGACGAAAACGUUAAAGUUUACAUUCAUUUUAAAUCGUAGCCAUUCAGCUUUCUAACAGUGGGUUGUUUCUUAAAUUUGACUCAUUGGUUCGCGGGUAAUAAUACUUUACGUUAUUGCGAUUGGAGAUUAAAAAAAUUGAGAUGGAAUAACAAAUCGUUCUCAUGAAAAUAACUGAUUUUUUCAUUAAAACAAAAAAAUGUUGCAUUUUAUUAAAUGGAUUGUAACAAUAAGUAUAAUUACGGCUUUUCUUCCACUAUUUUUAACUCAGUUUGAAACUUCAAAUGCGAUAUAAUUUUGGCUUGGACCAUCUAAGCUGACUGACAUCAACUUGAUAUAAUUUCUGUUUACAUUACAUCGCAAUUCGAUGACACUCUGGCUCAGACACCAGAAUGUUUUGACGAUUUUUAGCAUUCGUUUAGGAUUUUCAAACAACCUGGUCUCUUUUAAAAUACUUUUAAUUUGUUCUUACGUGGUUUUCAGAUGUAGUGACGACAACAUUAAAGUUUAAAGAAGAAAAUUCUAACAUUUAAACCGACUAAACAAUAACAUAGUAAACUUGCAUAAUUAAACAGCAACUAAAAAUGAUAGGUUUUACUAAAUCUUUUCCUGUGCAAUUAUUGCUAGCAUUGGAGACAAGGAUAAUAGUUUGUUUGAAAGAGAAAAGAACAGGCUUUGAAGUAAGCCUAAAAGCGUUUAACUAGAAAUAGUAUUUCGAAAGUUAUUAAGCACAAAAGAUGAAUUGCGUUUAUUUUGAUACACCCUGUAUAUGAGGACUGGACUAGAGUCCAGUCCUUGGGUUCGCCUCGGACUUGAUCAAAUUGCGCGAACUUGAAAUCAAGUCCAGACCUCAUAGUUGGAUUUGAAGUACCACUUGAAGCCAUUGAAUUCGACACGUGCAAAAUGCGACGAUUAAAAACAGACCUUACAUUUUCCUAGGUUUCUAUCGCUAUCCUGUGGUAAGCAAAUACAGCGCUCAUAUUGAAUACAAGCAAUUAAUAAUGGGGCAGGAAAACACAGCAGUAUUGACCAUAGAUUGCAAUAAUGACGCCGAAAUUACGGUGAUUGUUUAUACUAGUUUAAUGCAUUACAAUAAUUACACACUAUUAACUGAUACCCCUAUAUCAGUGCCGAACGAGAUCGAAUUGACAACAAAGUGGAUUGCAAAAUAUCCUGGCCCGAACUACUUGGAAUUUAUGAUUAAGGAGGGUGCAAAUACCUACGUUACAACAGGGGGAUGGUAUCAUGUAUUGGCAGCAGUGAAACAUAAAAUUCAGGUAAGGGAAAGCAAUUGAUUGAUAUAGAUACGGUAGAUCGUUUAUUAAAUCAAUUUUUUCGUUGUUAAAAAAACUGAAUUACAAUAGAGUUUACAUCAAAUAUGGUUAAUAAUUUAUAUGUUAAGCUUAAGACCUGUAGACCAUACUAAUACUAUUUACAAUUUGGAUUGGAUUUAAAAAUAUAAGAGUUUUUUAACCUGUUCGUAUUUAUAAUUGGAAGUUAUACCUUCCAACUCUCUAAAAUUAUGAGUUGGUGGAUUUUCUUCAUGUAGUAUAGAUGGUAAAGUUUAUGUUCUCUGCAUGUUAUCUUCGAUGGAAGUAAAACGCUUUUGCCAUAAUUUCUCUCUUCUGUCGCUAUUGCAUCUUCCGAACAUAUUUCAGGAUAUGUAAUUUUUAAGCCUCGUCUUUGAGCUCGUUGUAUAUCCACUGAUAAGUAUAUACUGUCUGGAAGGUUCUCUGGAACGUGCAAUUUCGGUAUGGUACGACGGGAACAUUUUUCUUCUCCCCCCCCCCCCAUGGGGGGACCCAUGCUGGCUCGCCCCAUAUAAACACCACCAUUGGUAAUCUAUCAAACUUCACUCACUGGUAAAUGUGAUGAAACACUGGAGAAAAACGUGAACUGAUAUCUUAACAGAUUUAUGACCAGUGUAAGUUGAGCUUGCAACCAAUGUAAGUUGAGCUUGCAACCAUAAAUUAGCGGACAUAUUCACACUCAUUUACAUAUCAAACAAAUUGAAAUAUCUCGGGAACAAACCACAAAAACAAGAAACUGAAAAAUAAGUUACACUACAGCAUACUGAGAGUUCUUUCAUUUAGGAAAAUAAGAAAUUUCAUGUCAUAUACACUUUAAGAAAUUGGGUGUGGUCAUUGGAAAAAAGUGGGCGUGGUUCAAACUUAACUCUCCAAUAUCUUAACUCUCCGAUAUAACUCUCUAAUUAGUCUCUUCUGUCUUUUACGAACUUUUUUGUUUCCCUUUUAUUUCCCAGAUUCAAGCAUCAGGCAGCGAUGCACGUUUUAUUGUAGCGAACGAACCAAUUACUAUCACACAAACAAUGGUAAACUCGGGGUUAGUCGUAUUUUUCAACGGCUCGCACAACAACGAAUCCCAAUAUGGCAUCGCACAAAGUCCUGUUCACGUGACCAACCUAGCAUACGAACAACGUGGCUUAUAUCAAGUAUUUUCAAUGGCGUGGAAUGCAAUAGGUGCGGAAUUCACGGAGUUAUCAUUUGCGGUAGUGCGAAUAUUUGAAAUCAAAAACUUAACAAUCACCACAGAUUCGUAUGCCCUGAAGACAAAGGUAGCCAACUUAAAAUUUUACAUACGCGCAUUGAAAGGUUCCGUUUCGUUAUGUAAUGUUACAUACGGAGAUGGUGAGUACUCUGAACAUGAAACAACGUUGACAAACUUUUAUGAUACAAUUGAAAAUAGCACCGAUAUUGACACUGCCAUCAAUACUGACCCGGGGAUACAACACGAAGUCAGCAAACCCUCAGAAUAUUCACAUCCUGGUUUCUACAGUGUUCGGGUCGUUUGUGAAAACGAGAUCAAUUCUGUGAAUUAUUCGACCACCAUUCUAGCGCAAGAUCAAAUUACUGGUUUCUAUGUGUUUCCCAUUUCAGCCCACGAGUUUGGCAAGACCAUCAAUGUGGUCUGGCAGAUGUAUCUAGGCACAAACGUUACAGUUGAUAUAUGGUACAACGAUCUAUUGUGUAAUACAACAAAUAUUACCAUAACUAAUAAUCAGAAUAAUUCGCGAGAUUGCUUAGUGACCAAUUCUAUGCAUUUCGACCCCGACUAUUUGGUCGACAUCAAGCUAACAGCUCAGAAUCUCGUCUCGAACAUAACUGAAAUUGUUACUGUACAAAUGUUCCGACCGAUGGUGAUCACCGGUUUCGUCGCCUUGACAACCACGGCGCAGUGGGGCUCCGGCGAAGCAGGCGCGGGUCCAAACGGGAACAAAUUCCCCGCGGAAUACCCGGUGCUGUUUAGGGCGAUCUACACAGGCGGACCACCAACCCUGCAUGACUGGACAUUCCAAUUUCACAGCUGGAUUGGAGAUUGCACGAAUUGUGGCACGCGAACCGAUAAUAGUGUGGAACGCGAGUAUCUAUUCGGGCGUGAUGAUAACUUGUGUGACGUGAAAUUAAAACUAUCAAAUCCUGCUGGAACGGCAGAGGAAUGGCUCGCUGUAGACAUUGAUAAAAGCUUUAAUCUUACCAGCGUGACCAUAGAUAGCCCCGUCGUCGUGAACAGAACUGAAAAAUUAACCAUAAAACUGGCAGACAUCGGCAAAACUACUUGUAUAUCGGUUAAUUUUGGUGACAAUUCACCGCUACUGUUGUACGGCAACUACGACGCUUGUCAUGAGCAGUACAAUCACACUUCACGGUCCGAUGUGGUAUUUAGUCCGAGAACGCUCAAUACUACAAGUAUAGACGUUGACUACAUGUUUAAAACUGUGGGAACAUAUCAGGUAAAAGUCGAUGGAAGGAAUUACGUUUCAUGGGAUAGUUUUCAACAAGAAGUUGUCGUGGCGGAAAAGGAAUGUGAAUAUCCAAAUGUCACAAUUACAGGUAAUGUGUACACUGUUUUUGAAAGUUCUGCGCCAGUGAAGGAAGUACCAAUAGGAAUAAAACUUCGGAUUGAUAAAGAUGCAACUAUCUGAAAAAUCCGUCUAAGGACGAAGGACCUUUGCUCGAAACGCCCAAUUUCUUCUUGUAUUUUUCUGGUAGUUUCACAAGAAUUGUAUAGAAUCCUGCACUUUCGGCAUUCUAAGGGAAGCCUCACAUAUCGAUUUUGUCCAUGAGAAACUUCAUAUGGACGUUUCUCUGGAGAUGAACAGCAGUGACCCAGUCAAUACAGUAAGACCCCGCGUAUAUAUAAGAACCUAGAUUUUUCAAAUUAGCCUAAACAGGUUCUUAUAUAAAUGGUGCUUAUCGCGAAAUUAGGCUAAACAAAAAUACAAUACAAUGCAAUAAAACUUUAUUUAGCUACGGUAAAACCUUCAGUAUACACUAUUUUACGAAAAGAAAAACAUUAACUGAUGUACAAGAGUCUGCGUUACUAUAUAUCUCGCUAAAAUUAUCAUAAAAGUCAUUUGUAGCCUUCUUAAAUUGGGAAAGUAGUGGAAUCGUGCGUAUAUCUUGCGGUAAACUAUUCCACAAUCGUGCCCCACUAUAACUCAGGCUUCUUUUUAGGAAAUUAAUGCGUGACUUGGGUAAGUUUAAUUUGACUUCAGAAUUCCUGAAAUUAUACGUUGUGCCACGAACAGAGAGGUCAUUUUCAUUACUUUGUGAAGAGUUUAUUUUCUUUGAUUUAUAAAUUUUUAAUUUAACUCUUAAAGUUAUAAAAAUAAAUUAAGAACCUGUUUGAAAUGUUAGCCUAAACAGGUUCUUGUAUAAAGGGGGUCUAAAGAAGCAAUUUUCGCCUAAACAGGUUCUUAAAAUCUAGGUUCUUAUACACAAGUCCAUGAUAUUCUCUAAAACCGUCUAUGUUUUAUUAUAUAGAUUUAAAUGAAACUGAAAGCGGAAGCCUUACGGAAUACUGGAAAUCAAAGAUAAUCACUGUAACGACAGUAAACGAAACUGACUGUGGAUUAACAACGUUAACCCAAACCAACUGGAGUGUUUACAAGUUAGAUCAAGAUCCAAGAGCAAUGCUCAGCAAAAUUGACAGUGUUCCACGCACCGAGUAUCAGUUUUCGAUUCCGACUGAUCUAUCUUUACCAGAGUUAGUUCUCGAUAGUAAAAGCCUGCAGUAUGGUUUCUAUGCAGUCACUGCACGACUAGGGAUGCUAGGAUAUCCUGAUAUCUUCGAUGAAGAUACGAAAUAUUUCCAUGUGGUUGCAACGCCAUUCCUAGAGCCGGCCGUCACCACAGGUUUCAUGUAUACUGUUCUUUUCCGUCAAAUGGUGAGUGUUUGGUUACCAAUAUUAUAUCAUAAGCAAUAUUAUUAUUAUAAUUACCACAAAAAUUUAUCAUUAUCCUACUAAACCAUCACCAACAUCAUCAUUACCAUCAAUAUCAACAUCAUCACCAUCACAUCAUCAUGAUCACCAUAAUCAUCAUGAUCACCAUAAUCAUCAUCACCACCAUCAUCAUUAGCAUCAUUAUCAUCAUAAUCACCAUCACAACCCUCAUCAUCAUCAAUGAUUUGGAUUCUUGCACUUCACUUGAUGGAAUUAAUAGUAGAAUGUUAGGGUUUGUAAUCCAAGUGAGAAUAUAUACAGUUUAAGACCUAAUCAGGACCGACUGCGGAAAAUGCAGCACAAGGUCUUAAAAUGUAUAUAUUCUCACUUGGAUUACAAACCCUAACAUUCUAAUAUUAAUUACACCAGGUGAAGUGCAAGAAUCCAAAUUAUUGAAGUCCGCCUUAUCACAACCCGCACACCCGAUUACCUAUAUAUACAUGAACUUACGGUUACAGCUCAACAGCUGGCCUCUGUAGCUCAGUUGGUUAGAGCGCUGCACCGAAAUCGCAGGGCCGUAGGUUCAAUUCCUUGAAGACCUUGUGUUGCAUUUUUCGCAGUCGUUCCUGGUCAGGUCUUAAAGUGUAUAUAUACACUCACUUGGAUUACAAACCCAAACAUUCUCAUCAUCAUCACCAUCACCAUCAUCACCACCAUCACCACCAUCACCACCAUCAUCAUCACCAUCACCACCACCACCACCACCACCACCACCACCACCACCACCACCAUCAUUACCAUCAUCAUCAUCAUCAUCUCUACCAUCAUCGCCAUUAAGAGUAGAUUGAUGCAAAAUUAUUACCAGGCUUUAAGAUCAGAAGAUUAGAAUUCAGUUACCAACAUACUGCCAGCCCUUUUUUAAGCCGUGCCUUAGCGCUUUUGCGAUCUUAAAUUCCAUGGCUAUUUUGUUUAAAUGCAUAAUGAUUGUAAAUAAAUUGUUGAAAGCUGGGGGCUGAUUACAUGAAGAGUUUCAGCCGUCCUAACCAAAAAAUCCUAACAAAAUACAGCACACGAUUACAUGAAAAAAAUUUCAGCCCAAUUUGAAGCCGAGGAUUGGAUCAAAACGUGAGGACUUGAAAUUUAGUGCAGUCCGAAUUGGAGGAUUUCAAAUGACAUCUCAUGUACGAAUAAAUCACUACUUAAUUAGUUUGGAUCCAGUCCAAGAACUGAAUUAAUUUUAAUCCAGUCCUAGGACUGCAUCAAUGUACUUCAUCAGGUAUCCAGUAUUAUCAUGUGAGCAAAAUAAAGCAGUAUGGUUGGCUAAUUUACUCAUGAAAUAUUAAUGCAUUUGAGAUAUAAUUAGAAUUUAUCGCCUCUCUAUAAUUUCCGGUAAAAACAAACUACUAACAUAAAAUGAAUACACAAUAAUUCUUCUAAUACCUGCUCAUUUUUCCAGGCGACCCUCAAUGCGUCAGCGACAGUUGAUCCAGACUUUGGGCAUGUCGAUGGUGUCACAUAUGAAUGGUUCUGUAGAGACAUGGACGACACUGUGCAGUUUGGACCAGACUAUGACUCGGAACCUCUGCUAUAUGUUCCCGUGGUGAACGACACGUUCCCUCCUGCAGAAAUGAAUGUGAGUGUCACUCAUUAAUUAAUUCAUUCAUUGCCAGAAUUUCUGACGUUAUUUUUCCUGUCAAACAUUUUGCGGAAUUUCAGAACUGUGCAAAUUUUCAGAACUGUGCAAACUUUUUUUUUAUACACCCUAUGGAAGCUAAAAUUUUCAUUUGCCUCACCACAGCUUGCUGUGAAGAAAAUUGAGUAUUGCAUUCAGGAGCGAAACUAGCCCUUUUUAAUUAAGGGGGUGUCUGCUAGAAUUGCCCUGCGAAAGCCGAUGAUGCCCUGCAGCAAAAUGUUUUUUCUCCAUUAUUUCUCCCAAAAAUGUUUAGUGUAAAAUUUGGGUCUAUAAAUUCUAUUCAAUUCCCUCUGGAAGCCCUGGAAGCUACUUAAUAACUCUACAGUCUAUCAUUUAAAAUCUUGCAUUACCCUGUCAAUCCAAGAUGAUUUGCCCAAUCCAGAUGAUUUGUACUUUGGGGGACCACACACACCCCUCAAGUUUCGUCCCUGAUUGCAUUGCUUGAAACGUUAUUUAUCCAAGUCAGUAGAGUAUAGUUUCCGGCAAACCUAUAUAGCCCUUUGAUAAUUCGCUUGCGUAUUGAUGCGGCAAACAAACGGCUCAUUCAAUCAUUCACUGAUGUUUCUUAAAUUUCUUGGUUUGUCCAACGCUUAACGUUGCGAGAUUCUGCUUUUCAGUCAACAGGCUGUUUUGGUGAAGGUAGAGGUCGACUAAACGUUACCGAUGCAAUAUUGGAAAUGGAUUCAACAUUUAUGCUAGAGGGAAAAAA